AUGUUUUUGUGUUUUAAUUACAGAAUUCAGUUCAUUUUAUAUUGGAUGCAAGUCGUGUGUUCUAUGUCACUUCUUAAUAAACAUACUUAUUUUAUGGAUAACAGCGAUUCAGAAGCAGAAGUAGCUGAUCUGAUAUCGGCAAAAUCCUAUGUGCCCAAUGAAAGGGACUUACCGAAAACAACUAUACUGAAAAACUUUGAUAAUGACGCAACAUAUCUCCUGUCAAAAUUAUCUGAUGAACAAUUAAUUAAACUAUUAAAUGAACAACCAGGAAAAAGUGAAUAUUAUUUAAGCGAUAUUGUUAAAUUGGCUAACUGGAAUGCACCUAAAAUGGAAAAUAAAAUAAAUUCGGACGCGGGUCAGGGUAAACCAAAUGAUAUAAUAUUAAACCAUCCCUUUGAUAUACAAAACUCACGAGUUGACAAAAGAUUUCCUACUGACGUCGCUGAAAAAGAUAAAGCUCAACCAGCUUUUUUCCGAUUAGAAAAUAAAGAAGUAGAUCCAUUUCAUGAAAAGAAUGAAGCUAAUUAUGCUGCCCUCCAAAAGCUCAACAGCCUGCUGUAUAGUUACCCUCAAACACAAUUAGAUAAUAAGAGUGAAGAAGAAGAUGAUGAAAAGAAGGAAUUGUUGUUUGACGUGCUAGUAUCCCAAUUGAAGACUCUUUGUUGCAAAAAGUCUGUAAAAAAACGAAAGAAACAUCAGUAUAAAUAUUUGAACCAAUUUAUUCCAAGAAUUCCUGUGUCGAAACCGAUUGGGACGGAUUCCAAAUCAUCUCAGUUUCAAAACGAAUUCAUGUUUUUGAUUAUUAAUGAAGAAAUCAGAAGUAAUGGUAGCGACGAAUUGAUUUCUGUGGACCCUGAAAGUCUUGAAAAAAAUAGCAGUGUCUUAUUACUUGGACCUAUAACUACACCGUUAUCAGACAACCAGUUAAGGAUUGUUAUGGCUAGAAUUUCAAACGAAUUAUCCAAGCCAGAAUAUGUACCACUAUUGCAGCAACUAUCAGCAGGUGCAAUCAGUAACACAGAUACAAGUCUACUAAGAAGCGUUAUUAGCGGUCCGCAAACCAGACGUUAUAUCAAACCCCACAGAUGCAACCACCAAUCCAAACUUGCAAAAAUAUACGGUGGACCAAAAUGGUUAAUUUGUACUGGCUACCUGAAUCUUAACACUCCAAGUGUAUACGAUUAG